AUGAUGAUGAUGAUGGUGUGUGUGUCUCCCAGUACUGUAUCGUUGACAUUGUCUGUCUGGUGCUGUGCCAAUGUUUCAAUUUAUCAUAUUCAUGAUGAUAUAAAAAAAAAAAAAAAAAAAUACUGUUUUAAGUGAGAAUAGGCAUUUGUCUGAAGCCGAAAAAGAAAGGAAAUUCAUGAGCACCACAAUGUCUAUUCCACCCAUGCUCUACCUAGGUUUUCCAGCACACAGCUUUGACCUACUACAGUAGCUGUGUUGGUAUUGUACUUCAAACUACGUAUGUGUAGGCAGGUUGCUUAUGAUUAAAACAUUCUCAAACAGCCUAAUUUGUCUCCUGAGUGGCGCAGUGGUCUAAGGCACUGCAUCGCAGUGCUAGCUGUGCCACUAGAGAUCCUGGUUCGAAUCCAGGCUCUGUCGUAGCCGGCCGUGACCGGGAGACCCAUGGGGCGGCGUGCAAUUGGCCCAGCGUCGUCCAGGGUAGGGGAGGGAAUGGCCGGUAGGGAUGUAGCUCAGUUGAUAGAGCAUGGUGUUUGCAACGCCAGGGUUGUGGGUUCGAUUCCCACAGGGGGUAUGAAAAAAAUAAAAUAAUAAUGUAAGUCGCUCUGGAUAAGAGCGUCUGCUAAAUGACGUAAAUGUAAAUGUAAUGUAAUUCAUACUCUUAGAGGAAGUGCUUCCACAAUAAUGUGAUUUGUACCGCAUACAAGGUAAAUGCCAAGAGUGUGCAAAGCUGUCAUCAAGGCAAAGGGUGGCUAUUUGAAGAAUCUCAAAUAUACAAUAUAUUUUGAUUUCUUUAACACUUUUUUGGUUACUACAUGAUUCAAUAUGUGUUAUUUCAUAGUUUUGAUGUCUUCACUAUUAUUCUAAAAUGUAGAAAAUAGUAAAAAUAAAGAAAAACCCUGGAAUGAGUAGGUGUGUCCAAGCUUUUGACUGGCACUAUACAGUGGGGGAAAAAAGUAUUUAGUCAGCCACCAAUUGUGCAAGUUCUCCCACUUAAAAAGAUGAGAGAAGCCUGUAAUUUUCAUCAUAGGUACACGUCAACUAUGACAGACAAAAUGAGAUUUUUUUUCUCCAGAAAAUCACAUUGUAGGAUUUUUAAUGAAUUUAUUUGCAAAUUAUGGUGGAAAAUAAGUAUUUGGUCAAUAACAAAAGUUUCUCAAUACUUUGUUAUAUACCCUUUGUUGGCAAUGACACAGGUCAAACGUUUUCUGUAAGUCUUCACAAGGUUUUCACACACUGUUGCUGGUAUUUUGGCCCAUUCCUCCAUGCAGAUCUCCUCUAGAGCAGUGAUGUUUUGGGGCUGUCGCUGGGCAACACGGACUUUCAACUCCCUCCAAAGAUUUUCUAUGGUGUUGAGAUCUGGAGACUGGCUAGGUCACUCCAGGACCUUCAAAUGCUUCUUACGAAGCCACUCCUUCGUUGCCCGGGCGGUGUGUUUGGGAUCAUUGUCAUGCUGAAAGACCCAGCCACGUUUCAUCUUCAAUGCCCUUGCUGAUGGAAGGAGGUUUUCACUCAAAAUCUCACGAUACAUGGCCCCAUUCAUUCUUUCCUUUACACGGAUCAGUCGUCCUGGUCUCUUUGCAGAAAAACAGCCCCAAAGCAUGAUGUUUCCACCCCAUGCUUCACAGUAGGUAUGGUGUUCUUUGGAUGCAACUCAGCAUUCUUUGUCCUCCAAACACGACGAGUUGAGUUUUUACCAAAAAGUUCUAUUUUGGUUUCAUCUGACCAUAUGACAUUCUCCCAAUCCUCUUCUGGAUCAUCCAAAUGCACUCUAGCAAACUUCAGACGGGCCUGGACAUGUACUGGCUUAAGCAGGGGGACACGUCUGGCACUGCAGGAUUUGAGUCCAUGGCGGCGUAGUGUGUUACUGAUGGUAGGCUUUGUUACUUUGGUCCCAGCUCUCUGCAGGUCAUUCACUAGGUCCCCCCGUGUGGUUCUGGGAUUUUUGCUCACCGUUCUUGUGAUCAUUUUGACCCAACGGGCUGAGAUCUUGCGUGGAGCCCCAGAUCGAGGGAGAUUAGCAGUGGUCUUGUAUGUCUUCCAUUUCCUAAUAAUUGCUCCCACAGUUGAUUUCUUCAAACCAAGCUGCUUACCUAUUGCAGAUUCAGUCUUCCCAGCCUGGUGCAGGUCUACAAUUUUGUUUCUGGUGUCCUUUGACAGCUCUUUGGUCUUGGCCAUAGUGGAGUUUGGAGUGUGACUGUUUGAGGUUGUGGACAGGUGUCUUUUAUACUGAUAACAAGUUCAAACAGGUGCCAUUAAUACAGGUAACGAGUGGAGGACAGAGGAGCCUCUUAAAGAAGAAGUUACAGGUCUGUGAGAGCCAGAAAUCUUGCUUGUUUGUAGGUGACCAAAUACUUAUUUUCCACCAUAAUUUGCAAAUAAAUUCAUAAAAAAUCCUACAAUGUGAUUUUCUGGAUUUUUUUUCCUCAAUUUCUCAAAAUACUUUUUUCCCCCACUGUGUAUAUAUAUAUAUCUCAGUAUACAUCAUUUUAAUAGCAGGACACUGUAAAAUUCAUUAUCCCUCUGAAGAGUAUGAAUUAGGCUGUUAGAGAAGGUUUGAAACCUAAGCAACCUGCCUACACAUAGUUUGAAGUACAAUACCAACAUAGCUACUGUAGUAGGUCAAAGCUGUGCGCUGGAAAACCUUGGUAGAGCAUGGGUGGAAUAGACAUUGUGGUGCUCAUGUGAAUUUCCUUUUUUGGCUUAAGACCAAUUCCUAUUCUCACUUAAAACGUUGUUUUAUGUUUUAAAUUUCCAUUGUUUUUACACCAGAAGGUGAUUAUGCAACAUGCCAGGAGUGUGCAAAGCUGUCAUCAAGGCAAAGGGUGGCUACUUUGAAGAAUUUCAAAUAUACAAUAUAUUUUGAUUUCUUUAACACUUUUUUGGUUACUACAUGACUCCAUAUGUGUUAUUUCAUAGUUUUGAUGUCUUCACUAUUAUUCUACAAUGUAGAAAAUAGUAAAGAUAAAGAAAAACCCUGGAAUGAGUAGGUGUAUCCGAACUUUUGACUGGUACUGUAAUUGUGCCAUUCCUUUGGGUCGCAGAGAUACAUCUUCCAAAAAUGUAUUGAUUCGUUACAGGGCCUAGAAUUAACACCUGCCAAAUGCGAGUAGAUUUUGGCAUAGCUGGGUAAGAUGUCUAUUUCACCAGCCACGUUGGCGGGAGGUCAGGGCUCCACAGUGCAAGCAGUGGUCAGGGCUUCACUCGUAGUCAAUAAAUCAAGUAUGAGCACAUUUAUAGCUAAAUUAAUGCAACAGUAGCUAUUUUCAAAGUGUUUCUGUAGUUUUGUUUCGUAGCUGGUACCGAAUCACACAAAUAAAUACUAAUCCUAUGAUAUAUAUCCCACCUUUGCCUGGCUGGGUAGCUGUGCACACUGAUUGAUGGGCUGAAGAUUCAUUUUUAGAAGCGCUGUGCACAGGCAUAAAAGUUGGUCUAAUUUACUUGAAAGUACUAAAGUGAGACUUUGUCCUUGUGUUUCUUGGCUAUUUACAUUGUUUUGUUCACAAGAAAGGUUGUUUUUCAAUAUUUGAGUUUGCUUCAACUGCUAGCGAAGACACAUCGCCUACUAGUCAGAUUCUUUAUCUAAUAGCACACUGUCACUGAGGACUCGAGCGGCUUGAGUGCCCUGCCGUCGUUAUAAUGGUAACCUCCCGCGAUACUCGGGUCACAAAAAAAUGAAAUACAUUGUAGCAAUAUACCACAUCACUUUUUACUAGUAAUGCAUUUAUUGUGUAAGAAACAUUACAAAGCAUGCUCAUCUGUUUUUUUUUUAAUUAUGGCAAAAAAUAUAUUUUGGCUGAUAUCAAAUCUGAGUGGCUGGUAUAUUUUUAGUGUACCUGCCACAGUGGCAAAAAGUUAGUUUUAGGCCCUGAUUUAGUUAUGAAAGUUGCUAUUGUAAUACAAUUUAACAGCCAUGGUGGUUGUGGGUUGGGGUGAAGGAGUUAAGCAGAUAACCUUUGCUUGUACUGGUGACCAUGGUUUGAUGCUCUGCCGUAACCAUACAGUCCAUGUUUCAUUUACAGAAAAGCGAUUGUAUUUUUUUCACACUCACUGUGUCUCUAUCCCCUCCCAGUCACUGAUGUGGAGCUCCAGCGUCUGAAGGAUGCCUUCCGCAGGACCAGUGGCCUAUCCUGUUACAUGAGCCAGCAGUGCUUCCUCAGGGAGGUGCUGGGAGACGUCGUACCACUCAGGGUUGCUGAGGUGAGCCUUUCAACAGACGGCCCCGGUGGUCUUCUGAUGUUAGUUCACAGUAGCAGCAAACAGGCUUGACUCUUCCUAACAGAUUUAGGAAUGUGGUCCUGCAAGUCAGAUAUCUGGAUGGGAUUCUCCCCAUUUUUUCUCAUAAUUUCACUGUUAUGCUCGACAGUGAAAUUAUGUCAAGCAUAACUUUUGCCCUCAGAACACCUUCUACAAGGUGUCAAGCGUUCCACAGGGAUGCUUGCCCAUGUUGACUCCAAUGCUUCCCACAGUUGUGUCAAGUUGCCUGGAUGUCCUUUGGGUGGUGGACCAUUCUUGAUACACACGGGAAACUGUUGCGCUUGAAAAACCCAGCAUCAUUGCAGUUCUUGACACAAACCGGUGCGCCUGGCACCUACUACCAUACCCCAUUCAAAGGCACUUGAAUCUUUGGUCUUGCCCAUUCAGGCUCUGAAUGGCACACAUACACAAUCCAUGUCUCAAUUGUCUCAAGGCUUAAAAAUCCUUCUUUAACCUGUCUCCUCCCCUUCAUCUACACUGAUUGAAGUGGAUUUAGUAAGUGACAUCAAUAAGGGAUCAUAGCUUUCACCUGUUAUGGAGAGCAGAUGUUCUGUACACUCAGUGUAUGUCUAAUCAUUAGUCAAAUUUUGGUUACCCAAGCGACUAACAUGGUCACCUUGUUUUAAAGGAGAAGUUUGCUUUUUUACAACCAAAUCUAGAUUUUUGAUGUAAAUGUUUUUGAGAAACUUAUCCCAACCAGUAAUUAACUUCCAAAUCGUCGUUGUGCAGUAUGGGGCUCUGAAAAAACAUCAACAAAUGCUCCAAAGACACCCAAAUACAUCCUUUUAGAAACUGAAAACGCUCUCAGUGUAGUGAUGCAGGUCUUUAGAUGUUGUACACAUGGAAUUGGUCAUUCCGAACUUUAUCCGUAACGUUAUAUUCAAUUUUGUGCGCAUCGAGUUCUUUUCCCGAUCUAGCUGUUCCAGUAUCCGUGUAGCCUACUGCUAAGAGAGACAUCGCUCCAGUCGCAACAACAUUGAAUAUAACAUUGCGGAUAAAGUUCUGAAUAACACUUUCAUGUGUACAACAUCUAAAGACCUGCAUCACUAUACCGAGAGCUUUUCCGUUUCAAAAGGACAUAUUUGGGUGUUUUUGGAGCAUUCAUGUUUUUUUCUGAGCCCCUGUACUGCACACCAAGGAUGAGGAAGUGAAUCGCUGGUUGGAGUAAGUUUCUCAAAAACAAGUGAAGUCGCAAAGAAAGUGUCUGGACCGUUCUAUAACAUGCCAUUUACAUCAAAAAUAGCGAUUUGGUUGUAAAAAAGCUACAUUCUCCUUUUAAAGCUCUAAUUAAUCUACUACCACCUUUACCAUUUGCAUGGAGAAAAUGAUUUCUACAGCGCUCACUCUCCAAAAAACAACAACCUGUCAAAGAUAGUAGGUCAGGACUGGGUAUGAAUGAGUUGACAUGUUUACCUGAAUUGAACCCAGCUCCCUUCCCCUGUCUCUAGGUGAUAUACAGCUCAUUCGGCGGGACCCCUAAAGGCCUGCACUUCAACAACCUCAUUGUUGGCCUGGUCCUCUUGACUAGAGGACGUGAUGAGGAAAAAGCUAAAUGUGAGUAUUGUAAGACAGACUUAUGGAACCACUACAGAUGUUUGUGUUGACCAUGUAAUUUCAAGAAUAAUCAUAGUGACUAAUAUAAUUUAAUAGGAUCUCUGUUAGAAUAAUAUUUAAAGAAAGUCUUUGUACACAAUUUAUGAAGUUUAAACAAAUGGACUGUCUUCACACUUAGUUUUUAUAGUGGUGUGUAAUUUUUAUUCUUGAAAAUAUCUUCUAAUGUGAUUCAUCCCCUUGUGCGUAUCACACGUGACAGAGUUGAAUAACAGACUAAGCUUCUUUUGUGGCACUCCUUCAGACAUUUUCAGUCUGUUUGCCAGUGAUUCGAGCAAUCAUGCUACGCGAGAGGACAUGGAAAGCAUGCUGCAGACUGUGGAUGGAGAGAUCCCACUUUCUCUCAGGAAGUGUUUCUCAGAGGUCAGCUCGUAUGCCUUAGUUGAUUGAAUAUGUUUUUUACUGUUUUAAACACACCUUUUGACAGCCAUGUUUUCACGUAUGACCACCAGGGUGGGUGAACAUCUGCUAUUACCCAUCAGUGGCCCGGUACUUGUUAGGCUACCUUUUUUUCUAUUUUUAAUCUGCAACAUCUGUUCACUACAAACAUAUCACAAUGUAUCCUCAUGCCUUAUCUAAUUGUAAGCUGCUGACAGGACUUUUAACCAAGUGCACAGGGCUGCUAAUGCUACUUGACACAGGAAGAUAAUUGCACCUUUGUUCAAGGCUUAGUGGAGAUGGAUGUCCGGUCAGUAUGUUGAUCUCUUGUUCUUUUCUUUACCAGGGUGAGAAGGUAAAUUAUGAGAAAUUUAAGAGCUGGCUCCUGCAGAACAAGGAUGCCUUCACCUUCUCCCGCUGGCUCCUGUCCAGUGGGGUGUGUGUCACCCUGACAGACGAUAGUGACACACCCACCUUCUACCAGACCUUGGCUGGAGUAACACACUGUGAGUGA